CCAUCGGAUCCCUACUCAAUCUACCGCUCUCUCAUUUUUGUUCUUGUUAUUUCUUCCUUGAUCUUCUUCAUAACUAGCAAUAUAUAUAGUUUUUAGUUAUAUUGAUCGAUCAAUCCCUCUCCCUCUCAUUAAUUUGAUUUGCUCUUUUUUGGGUAUUCCAACAUAUAUAUUCACCCGACAGCUAGAAUAUUAAUCCUUCGUCUCAACAGUUGACGCCUAGGGAAAACAUAUGGGAUCGGAGUCUCCUUCUGCUCAAUACAUCCACAUGGUACAACACCUAAUAGAACAGUGCAUAGUAUUCAACAUGAGUAAAGAGGAAUGCAUGGAAGCUCUAGAAAAGCAUGCAAAUAUCAAGCCAGUCAUUACUUCCACAGUGUGGAAGGAACUAAAGAAAGAGAACAAGGAGUUCUUCGAGGCUUAUGCGAAGAAGAGAGAAGAGGGAAGAUUCGACUCGGAUGGCGAAUCAAGCCAACGGCAAAGAAUACACGAUAUAGUAUCGGAGUCCACGAGGAAAAAUAGCAAUGACGAUGAUAAGUCAUGAAUGAUUGGUACUAGAACUUUGUGAUUUCGACAACGAUGUCUCAAGCAUUUGUUUUGUUGCAUCACAUGUAUCUGUAAUAUGCUUUUUAUACUAAAAUCAUUUCAACACCUGUUUUGUUGCUUCACGUGUAAUGUGUAAAAUCUAGUACUCCUACUAUUUUAUAUUAAAAUUAUUUUCUUCA